AUGCCCGUGGCAGAAGAUGGGACGACGGCACCGCAGGUGAUGCCGUCGUCGUCUUCAUCUCUGCUGCUGUCGCCCUCUCCGCCUAUCAACACAAAACCGGCGCCGCGGCGACGUGCGAAGCGCCGGACGCGCCGUGGCGUGAGUGCGAGCGUGUGUGGUCGUACGCAGUACGCCUUACGCGCCUCGGCCUCACAUCAUGCCUCGGCCAUCAUGCGGAGCGGACGUACUCUUUCAAAAGGGCCGGAGGCGCCGCCACCGCCCAUGCCGCCUCCCUCUCUUCCUCGCCAAGACGUUCUCCGCUCGUUCUCGACACACCCUGCUGGCCAGUUGCGGUCACGCUCCGUGAGGCCUGUGUGGAUUGAAGGCGUAGGCCGUGUGCUGCUUCCGCAGGAUGCCCACCGCGAGCCUGCCAUUCCCGUGUAUACUCCCAACAUCCACCGCCACGCCCUCAUUGCUCAAUGGCUCGCGGGCGAUGACGACGACGAGCCGGCAUCGUCGUCUCCACCGCAGGACGCACUGCACCCCAUGAUGGCCAAGAGUCUUCGUGAGCGCGUUCGGAGCCAGCCAUACCCAUCUCGUGCCUCUUCCGCUUUCCAUGACUUGUGGAUCGGGCUGGACGGUACCCGCAUUUUGCGUGGAACCAAGCAGCCACAGCCCCGGCGCCGCAUUGCAUGGACCAUGCGCUCGCUUCUUGCGAGUGGCCUCGUACCGAACAUGGCAUGUCACUGCGGCUUUACUGACGAGCAUAUGGAAGUCGUCUCAUGCGACUCGUGUGCCCGCUGGCUGCAUCUCGCGUGUGUCGGCGCAAGUCAUGUCGACCAGCUCACGGCACAUGAGUGGGUGUGCGAUGACUGCUACAAUGACAAAGCCGUCAUAGCGCAUUCGCCACACAAAGGCUUGCAUGCACAUGCUCAGCUGCACUCUACGACUCUAUCGCUCGCACCUAGUCCUCAGCGUUUGCGCACGCCGUCGCCACCACCAUCGUCUCCCACCCCCGCUCCUGCAUUCGUCGAUAUGGUGACGCCAAGCCGUCACUUUGCGCCGUCGACGCUCCCCGACUGGCUUCCGACGCCCACGAGCCUGCUCGCGACGUCACCUAGCAUGAUGCUCCGCACGCCGCACACACGCGUGCAUCGUUCGCUCGUACCCGAUUCGCCCACGCCCUACACCCGCAGUGCUCAGCGCACGAUACCGUGGUCUACGCCGUCGUUCUCCGGUGAUACACUCUCGGAUGGCAUGGGCCUCAGCAGCCCCAUGCCCGAAACGCCCACCGCACCGUCGCGCUCUCGUGUGCUCGGCCUACACAGGAUGCCACACGGCUCCCCAUCGCCAUCUCUCAAGUCCCUAGCACCACCCACUCUCCUGUCCUGGGAUGAGACAUAA